AUGCAGGAGCUGGUGGCUGGCGUGGAGCAGCUCAGGUUUGACUUGGAAGCUGACGUGGAGCAGCAGCGAGGAGCUCAGCCCCUGCCCUUCCCGGGUAUGGACGUUAAGUUGGGGACAGGAGCCUGUGGCAUCCUUGGAGGGUGACGGGGCACAGGAGGCGUGCGGUGCCCGCUCCGGCUCCGGCACGGCGGCGGGGACAAGGCAGUGGUGUGCAAGCAUUGGCUGCGUGGGCUCUGCAAGAGGGGCGACACCUGCAACUUUCUGCACGAGUACGACACCACCAAGCUGCCCGAGUGCUAUUUCUACUCCAAAUUCGGUGAGUGCAGCAACAAGAACUGUCCCUUCCUGCACGCCGAUGCCACCGCCAGCACCGUGGGGUGUCCUUGGUACGACCGUGGCUUCUGCAGGCAGGGGCCCCUGUGCAAGUACAAGCACACGCGGAGGGUGAUGUGUGCCAACUACCUCGUCGGCUUCUGCCCAGAGGGACCCAAGUGCAAGUUCACACACCUCAAGGCCGGGCUGAUGGCGAGCAGCACAGAUCCAUCCAAGCCGUGGGACACCAGUGGCUGCCCCCUGGGCCAGCAGAGCCUGCUGGAACGGGGCACCUGCUUCAAGUGUGGACAGAAAGGUCACUACCCCAAUAUGUGUGGGAAGACUCAGCUGGGAAUCCUGCUGGGGAGGUGA